UGUGAUGCUGCUUUCAUACAGUUAAGGUCGUGUGUGUGUGUGUGUGUGUGUGUGGCGGGGGGGUGUUUGAGACAUUCAGCCAUGCUUCAGCAGUCAGAGCUCAUCUUUGACUUCGCCAGCGACCAUGUUAACACUUCACAGUUGGGGAGUUAUUCAGAUUACCCGGCGGUGAUUGUGGAGCAGGUUCCCCAUCCACACCUGCUCUCAUAUGCAGGUCUAACGUGUGAACAGACAAAUGCAGAGGAGGAUCACCAGCAGCUGCUCAAAGUGGAGCCAUGUGAAAGUGGAGAGGAAGAGACCAUGGAGACACUUGUUGCUGCCGACUCGCUUCUCAACAUGGACUGCCCUGACACCCUCUCCCUGGAACACUACUCCCAGACCUUCUUACCAUCACUGGGUGAUGUCAUCAAUACUCCUGUUACCCAGGUGACCGUGUCAGCAGAGGGGAUUGUGGGAGCUGUUGAUCAGCCACAAUGGCACUCGCUGCACACAAAGAAGCCUGCGGCACAGCUGCAGUCCAAGAAGAGAGGGAGAAAACCUCGGCAUAGAAGGGCAGAGUCUCCAACGCCAAACAUUACAGUGAAGAAGGACAAAUACAACAAAGGAGGAAACACACUGUACCUGUGGCAGUUCCUGAUGGAGUUGUUGCAGGACCGACAGGUCUGCCCCCGCUACAUUAAAUGGACUAAUCCAAACGAAGGAAUUUUUAAGUUGGUCAACUCAAAAGCUGUGGCCAGACUCUGGGGCAAACACAAGAACAAGCCAGAUAUGAAUUAUGAGACAAUGGGCAGAGCACUCAGGUACUACUACCAGAGAGGCAUACUGAAUAAGGUAGAAGGCCAGCGUCUCGUCUACCAGUUCACCUCUCUGCCCAAAGACAUGAUUUAUAUCACAGAUGGCGAUGGCACCAAAGAAGAAGAAGAUUAUGAUGACAAUAGUGGCAAUGAUGAGGGUGUGAGUGAUGACUCUGAUGACAGCACGAUACCUUCUAGUGACCAGUCAGUGGAUGAGGAAGAUUCACACCCACCACAGAAGAAAAUGUCCUCCAGCUCUGUCCGAGCUCCAGCUACCCAGCGGACCAGGCCUGCUCCCAGGCCCACAGUCCAGCGUGACACCGUCCUGCGGCCUACCAGCACCAGCUUGAUCCAGGAGCAGCAUUUGCCUAUUGUUUCUGCCGAGAUGCUGCGGACCCUCCAGAACCUACCGAAGGUCCAGUCGCUUCAGCCCGCAGGUCACGCCUCUGUCUUCAAAACAGCUCAACUGCUGGGGAGUCUGUGUGAGCGACAGGCUGCUGCUGAGGUGUCUGUAGAUGGUAAAGGUGUUCGGGAGACACUUGAUGAAAAGUCACACCAUGGACAGAAAACUUCACACGUGGAGGCUCCACAGCUGGUGCCCCUAACUAACUCUGACCAUUAGAAAAAGACCAGUGCCCAGUCACGACAACACACACGUGCACACACACUCCACUGACUCAGGACCAGUUACAGAGCAGCACUUUGCUGCGUGUAAGAUUCGGAGUAUUGAUCUAGGAUUAUUUGUAUUUUAGAUGAAUUCUAGAUCAGUGUUUCCUCCGUGACAUCUGAGGUGACAGGAAAUUGUCAGGAACCAAAAUCUCAGCACGUCAGCAGGUUACUUUCUAAGUAAAGGCAGCCUUUUAAAGCUCAUGUCCUUAAUCGCAGCCUUAUGACGUUCUCUGUAGCCGUUAACGAGACAAGACACCAAAGACAGACAGACAGACAUGCACUGGAAUCUACUGCCUCUCUGUGUCGUGUGCCUCUGCUUGCACUUCACCUCCAGCUUCAUGGAGCACAUGAUCUGAUCAGCACGCUGUGCCUCUCCUUCUUUGACUUUACGGUCGUCCUCGUUCCCUGCUCUGUUUUUGUUUUCUUUUUGUUUUUUUCACUCUCACAUGCUGAAUCAUUCCUCUGCCUUGAAAAUGGCUUUGCACUAAUGUUUUACCUCUGCUGUAUGUUUUCUUCUCUAAGUGCCUGAAGAUCUCAGUCCAUCCUGUCCCCGUGCUUCUUCUGUUCCUGGUAAUCAUGAGGUUAUUGAGGGAAAACAUUCCAUAUUAUUAAUAAUAUUAUUAUUAUUUUUACUGAAUUUUGUUUGUAUUGUGAAUUGUGGAAAAAAACAAGGGAUCACUGUUAUUUGUAGAAUAGUAAUUUAGCACUGCUGCUGUUUAGUCGAUGUAUCUGCACAGUGGACCUUCCUUCUGUUGACAAUCACUAGUGAAAUGGUCUUGUAGCUUUUUCUUUCGCUACAUUACCUGUACAGUCAUACUGAUAUUUAGCCUUUCUGCUAUGCACACAUUAUUUUUAGUUGUUACACAUAUAUAAAUGCAUAUAUGGACCUCUGAAGCCUUGAUAUCUUUAUAUGUUGUGUGUUAUAUACUGUAUGUCUGUGAACAUGCUUGACAUUGUGCCUUGUUGCCAUUCUCUCCCUCAGGUUAAAAAUUAGUUUUACCGCACAGACUGUAUACUCUAUGCAAGGAGUAAAACCGCUGGCCCUUUAUGAUGAAGUAAUUUUGAGUUAAAUGUUUUCUCUUCAGUUCAUCUUAGCCUCAUGAAGCCAGCCCAAGUUCACCUCACUCCAAAUGAAAUUUGAGCUCGUUAAGAGUUAGGCUGCCUUCUGUGAUGCUAAACCUGAUUUAGGAGAUGCUUACACCUGUGCCUUUGCCCCCACCUUCCCCCCAGGGAACCCUAUGCAAAACUGUUUUCACCUUAUUACUGAGAAAGCUGUUUAUUUGGAAUCCUCUCACUUUGCUUCAUCUCGAUACUGUAAGUUUUACCGAUGUGGAUUUGAAAGCCUGUAGCAGAGGGAGAGGUGGAGUUUCUGUUCCUUUAUUUUUGAUGCGUUCGCUUUCGUGUUGAAAAAUGAUAAUUAUAUGAAAUAAAUGUAAUUUUAUCAUUGUC